AUGGACAUGUACAAUUUGGUUGAAAACGAGAGGCUAUCAUUUUGGGGUGAUACCUCUACGCGGACUCCCAAGGUUUUAAAGCGUUCCUGGACACACUUUCCAGAUUCUCGAUCAGUUCUCUUUGUCCUCAGGAGAUGUUCCGAGUGCUGUGCUCUGGUCACCAAGACGCGUGAACGCUUGAUUGAGGCCUACCACUCUUUCACAUUGAUCAUGCAAACAGGCGCAUUCUUACAACUUGUACUUACGUUAGCAGCUGUUGCAUCUCGGUUGGGUUCCCUCUUGAUAGAGGUUUCUGCUACGAUCGUGCAUUGUCAGCAUGCUUUCUAUGAAGUUUUACAAGCAAUUGAUCCUACGCAAGCCGCCUCGGUCAAACACAUCCUGCAGAAAGACGCUGUUGACGACAACGCACAAUCGGGAGGAGACAUACUACCGCAGCCAGCAACUGUGCCUGAGCCUGGUGAAGAUUUGGGAAACACCGUGAAGCGCUCCAGUGCUCUCGUGCAGGAGACGACAGCAAAUUUACUCCAGGUGGAGCAAUCCCCAAGUUUGAGUACUAAAGCGGCGGACCGUGAUUCUGACCUCGCUGCGAUGUCAGUCGUUACCUCCGUACGCACAGCUGUGAAGCGCAAGUCAUCGUCCUCUGGUCCUACCUUACUACCGAAUGAUCAGAGCAUACAGAGAAGGAACGGCGAGCACCAGCAGCAAAACGAAGUAAAUAAGAGGAAAAAGAAACGCGAUGAAAUUGACGACAUCUUUGGCUUCUAA